AUGUCUUCGGGGAUAGCAGAGAAAGGCCAGAUCGGGAUUGUCUCCACAGACGAAACACCGACGCCGGCCAAAGGAAAUGUACACUACGUCAACCGCAAUGGAGAUAAUACUCUGAAAUCUUUAGAAGAAGAGGUUAUCCCCGGUUAUGAUGCCACGCUGAUGGACGCGCGUGCGACACUCAGUGCCGCAGAGGAAAAGAAGCUUUUGCGACGCAUUGAUUGGCACCUGAUCCCUCUGUUGGCAGUCAUGUAUAUGCUAAAAAGUGUGGAUUUUACCAAUGUCUCAUACGCCCGGACUAUGGACAAAGGCACCGCCCAUAAUAUCUUGACUGAAUUGAAAAUGACCUCAGACCAGUAUAAUCUGGUGACAACUAUGUAUUAUGUCUCUUGGGGUAUUGUUCUCUGCUGCCAUGCAGCCGUGACAAACAGACAAGGUCUAUAUGCCGUCCGAUUCUUCCUCGGACUAUUCGAGGCCGGCCUAUGGCCAGGGAUGCUCUUGCAGCUAUGCUAUUGGUAUAGACCCGAUGAGGUUGCCCCAAGAAUAGUUCUUGUGACUUUACUCGGAAACUUUAGUACGGUGAUCAGUGGUGUCCUUGCCUUUGCAUUCAAUGGUGUCGUUGCUGGUGGUCUAUCCGGAUGGAAAUGGCUUAUUCUAACGGAAGGAAUCUUCACGGUAUUACUGGGAAUCUUUACUUAUUUCUUCUUACCUGAUUUCCCUUCAACCGCAUCCUGGUUAUCUGAAAAGGAAAAGGCCUUCACUCAAGCCCGCCUACCAAGCAACUCUCCUCGAGCGGCCGAGUCGAACUUCAAUUUGCGCGAACUUAUCACGACACUGAAGAACAAGCGAAUCUGGCUGUUCCUCUUCUGUUGGGCCUUCUUUACUAUUGGCACGACAGGACUCACAUUUUACCAACCAACCGUAAUUUCCAGUCUUGGAUUUACGUCUAUGGGUGAAGCCCAGUUGCUAAACAUCCCAUCUGCGGUCUUCGCAGUAAUAUUGACGGUGGCAUUCGGUAUCUUCGCAGAUACCGGGCGUAUCCCUCAGCCAGCUAUCCCACUUGGAUUCAUGAUUGUCAUUCUAGCGUGUUACGGCGUACUGUACGCCUUCCCCAACACUGGUGGGGUGUAUGCAGCGACGAUUGUAGCUGGAGGGUUCUCGACUGCAUGGUAUACAAUGAUGUGGCCAUGGCGAGUCCAGACCACCGAGGGCGCAACAGGGUCUGCCUUCGCAAUCGCAAUUGCGAAUAGUUACGGCCAGAUUGGAGGGGCUGUGGGGUCUCAGCUAUUCAAUUCUCGCUUCGCGCCACGAUAUGCGACCUCAUUUGGGAUUGCGAUGGGAUUUGUUGGUAUGGCUAUCAUUAUGAACGUCAUUACUUGGACUUUUACCUGGCGGGUGGAUGUCGAUACAAGGAGACUAAAAAGGAUCCGGCUUGCGGCAGCGAAAGAGAAUCAAGCUGUGUUGGAUGAUGUUGAUAUUCAUGCAGGAGAAAAGAAAGAGAGGUAA